AUGAAACCGAAGAAUAGGAAGAAGAAACAGAGGAAGAAGAAACAGAAUCGAUUGCAUCAAUGGUUGGUGCAUCAUCAUCAUCCUCUCAUCGUCCAUCGAACAAGAGAAGAGUUGACUACCAUCCUAGUACCUGAGGAUGUCUUGUCAUCAAAUCAUAAUGUGGCUGUGCCUGGAAUAGAGUGGAAGGAAAAUCUUAUAGAAUAUGGUGGGAAAAUAGCUAUUUUCGAGCAUAGCUACCUCAAAGACGGGGGUGUGGCGACCUUGUGGGUAUUGGAAGACGUUAAGGAAAAGGAAUGGUUGAACCAGACUCUGUCUUUGCAGCCUUGUCAAAUGCAUUUAGUCCAAGACACUGAAGUGGUUGUCAAAGGCACAACUCCAGACAGCAAGGUAAUCUUGGCACCCUAUGAGAUGUGUUCUCGAUUCUACAUUCUGUGUUACGAUUUGCAAAGCAAUGACUUGAGAAAGGUCGAAAUCAAAGGAGUACUACACUUUUGGUUUGACAAAGAGUGCUAUGCUGACUUGCGGUUUAUGGAUGAGAGUGAGAGCUUCAUCUACUUUGGAAACUUGACCACUACUUUUUGA